UUAAUAUUUGAUAAACAACAAGGAUAAAAAAAUGAUUCCACGAGCGUUGCGGGCAUUAAGUGGAAUGCACCUUUAUAUUCUUGUUUAUGAUUCUUCUUACAUGAUUCUUAAGAAAUUCACUUCGCGAAGUCAGGAAUGUUGCAAGGUUGCAUCACUGCAUCGCACACUUUGAAAAUUCGCGCAUUGCAGCAAUGGUUGUUCGUUGGGAUGUGAAUACCUUUGAGGAGGUUUCGCACAAUAAUAAAAGACAAGGAGAAAAAUUCACAAGUAGCAAAAUGGACAACAGAAUAUUUUUUUCAAGACAUUCUAUCAGUUUUCUAUGUAAACCAAGACCCCGCAGACCAUUAGAAGGAUAUAUGCGUCGUUCGAGUUCUCUACAAUAUGAACCAUGGAAAAUGCAAAAUAUUCAUAAGAUGUACAUACAACCUGUAUCACAAACUAAGUAUGAGAACUCUUCUAAAAAUAAAGAAUCAUCAACGGAAAGCUCUUUGGCGGAAUUUAGAAAGAACUGUUUGUUAUCCCAAGCUAGAAAAAGGUUUUCUAAUUUAUUAUCGAUAUCUUCUUUGCCUAGAAUAAUAAAUGGGUGCAUUAGAAACCCUCAACAGUCUGGCAAAGCCAUAAAACUUAUAAUGAAAGGGAAAAAGCUUAUCCAACCAAUGAGUGCAAAGAGCAAGACUGGUAUGAUCAACACGAUAUUGCAAACUCUUUGA